UCAAACAAAUAGAAAAUACUAACAUAAGCACAUGUUAGUUUAGCAUUGUCAAGGCCUAGUGCCUAUAAAUUUGCUUUUGGAGUUAAUGUGAGUAUAACACAAACACAACAAAGAAAAGAAAUAAGUAGUGAAGUAUCUCUUUUGAAGGUAAGAAACAAAAUGGAUAGAACAUUUGGGUAUUUUUGUCCUCUAAUAUUGAUGUGUAUCUUAGUGUCUAGCCAUGCUCAAUUACAACAAAACUUCUAUGCCAAUAGUUGUCCAAAAGCAGAGAAGAUCAUUUUAGACUAUGUCCACAAGCACAUCCCAAAUGCUCCAUCACUUGCUGCUGCCUUAAUCAGAAUGCAUUUCCAUGAUUGCUUUGUCAGGGGGUGUGAUGCCUCUGUGCUGUUGAAUUUCACUUCAAGUACAGGAAACCAAACUGAAAAAGUUGGUAUCCCAAAUCUAACACUGAGAGGUUUCUCCUUCAUUGAUGAUGUCAAGAAAGUAAUUGAAUCUGAAUGCCCUGGAGUUGUCUCUUGUGCUGAUAUUGUUGCCUUGGUUGCUAGAGACUCUGUUGUCGUCACAGGAGGUCCUUUCUGGAAUGUACCAACUGGAAGAAGAGAUGGAAGAAUAUCUAAUGCUUCAGAAACCUUAACAGACAUCCCAGCUCCAACCAGUAACUUUUCCACUCUCCAGACUGAUUUUGCUAGGAAAGGUCUUGACCUCAAAGACUUGGUCCUAUUAUCUGGUGCUCACACCAUUGGAAUCUCUCAUUGUUCAUCAUUCUCAAAUCGCCUGUACAAUUUUACGGGGACUUUCGGUACUCAAGAUCCAUCUCUAGACAGCGAAUACGCAGCUAACCUUAAGGCCAAAAAAUGCAAAUCAAUCAACGAUAACACAACAAUAGUUGAGAUGGACCCAGGGAGUUUCAGGACAUUUGAUCUUAGCUACUACAAACUUUUACUCAAAAGGAGAGGACUCUUCCAAUCCGAUGCAGCCCUAACAACAAGUGCAACAACGAAGUCAUACAUUAACCAACUUGUUGCGGGAUCACUUAAAGAGUUUUACGCUGAAUUUGCUCAAUCUAUGGAGAAAAUGGGAAGGAUUGAAGUUAAAACAGGUUCUAAUGGUGAAAUUAGGAAGCAUUGCGCGGUAGUAAAUAGUUAAGAGGAGUCUUUGGUUCCAUGAUUUUGAGUUGGUAUUUGUAAAAGCCUUGCCUGAAGAUGGUUUGGGGCAAUAUGUAUCAUUGUUCCUUUUUUCAUUUUUUUCUUCAUUAUGUUCCUUUUGUAACUAUUCCGUUUGUUUUUGUUGUUAUUUUCCGUUCCAUUUUGUAACUUGAUGGCUGUUUAAAUUAAGGCUGAAUAUAUGCAGCUCCUCAAAUUUGUCUGA